UUCUCUGUGUUGUCUGUAGGAGGAGCUAAGAGAACAGACUGACUGUUGUGCACUAUGCAAGAGUCACAAGGAAAGACUCACCAUCUACCAUUCACUCACCUGGCAGACAGAAAAUAAGGCUGUAAGUUAAUGUGUGAGCAGCAUUUAAAGUUUAGGAUGCUGCAUGGCUGCGGCCCUGGUGUUCAGACUACAUGACAGAGGACCAGAGGUGGUGAGGGAGGUGCUUCUGGAGCGAGGAUGGGAGGAAUAUGACCAAGAAGAACAGGAGGAGGAAGACUGGAACCUCUACUGGCGGGGCUCUGCAUUUCGCAACUCAGAAUAUCACAACCUGUUGCCAUGGCAGCGCCUCAACCACCAUCCCAAGACCGCUGGCAUCACACGCAAGGAUUACUUGGCACGCAACCUGAGGAGAAUGAGAGCCACAUUUGGUUCAUCUCUUUAUGACUUCAGUCCAACUGCCUUCAUCCUCCCCAACGACUACACCCGAUUCCUGUCUGAAUACAACAAGCUGCGUCUGACCAAAGGACCAUCAGUCUACUGGAUUUGUAAGCCUGUGGAUCUCUCCAGAGGCAGAGGGAUCUUCAUCUUUGAGGAUAUUAAGGACUUGGUUUAUGACUGCCCCGUGAUCGUACAGAGGUACAUCUGUAACCCUCUGCUGAUCUCCGGCUACAAGUUUGACCUGAGGAUCUAUGCGUGUGUAAAGAGCUUCCAUCCGCUGACUGUUUACAUCCAUCAAGAAGGCCUGGUGCGCUUCGCCACUGAGAAGUACAACCUGUCAUCUCUGCAUAAUCUGUACGCUCAUCUCACCAACACCAGCAUCAAUAAGUUUGGCCCCUUCUACAAGACUGAGAAAGAGCGAGUGGGCCAAGGAUGCAAGUGGACCAUGAGCAAGUUUAGGCAUUUUCUCCACAGCCAAGACAUCAAUGAGCUUCUUCUGUGGCAGAGAAUCAGCAACAUCGUCACUCUGACCCUCCUCACCAUCGCUUCCUCUGUCCCCUCAUGUCCAAACUGUGUGGAGCUGUUUGGCUUUGACAUCCUGAUUGACGUCAAGUUUAAACCUUGGCUGCUGGAGGUCAACUACAGCCCUGCAUUGACUCUGGACUGCCAAGCAGAUAUUACUGUGAAGAAAGGGCUAAUCAGCGAUCUGAUUGACUUGAUGAACUAUACAUUGAUUGACAGUUUGAGAGAGAAGGCUUAUCAGAGACAAGGGUACAAGCAGCCUUGUUUUGAUGCUAACCACCCCUCCAAGUUAAAAGAAACCAAAUUUCAGAAGCAAAGGAGUGGUAGCCAGUCCUCUCAGAUACUCCCUCUAAUAAAAACUCAUCACCAGCCUAAAAAGAUGAGCCUAAGACGAUCCAGACAACAUGCUUUUGUAGCCGAAUACCAAAGACAUCUUCCCCCUGUUGACUUAAACAAGAUAUAUGCCACCAGCAGCAGAAUAGUUAACACCACAGUCAACAAAACCCACACCAAAAAGACCUUAAACAUGAUACUCGGCCCGCAUUCAAGGACAAACGUGUCAGCUGUAAACAGACAGACGGUUCCAGCUCCUGCACCGUGGCUGACAGACAACAGGAGUCUCCAUGUGUCUGAGGUUACAAACCAUGACAACACUGAAACAGAAGCUGAGAUAGAGCUCUCAGGAGAGACAGACGUUUCCUCUUUGAUACAAGAUAUCCCGGUCAACGGGGUGGGACUCAGAUGCCCGGCUGUGUCCUGCAAGCUCCCUAACAUUUACAGUGGGAAUCACAGACCAGUAAGGAUGGAGAGAUCCACAGCACUGAAUGGACAACAUAUCCCUCCGCUCAGAGUUGGAGACUUCAUUCGGACAUUCCCUUUUAAUGCGGCCACUCUGAGGGCCUCACAGCAUGAACUGGAUGUUAAGAUAGUCAUACAGGAGCUACACAAGCUCACUGCUCAGCUGGCUACAAUGGGCAGGAAGUUGAAGAGAAAACAGGCGGAGAUAGGUGGUGAGGAAGAUUUUGAUUCACUGUUGUGGGGGCCAAAGGACCCUCCGCUGCUCAGUCAAUGCUUCAAACCCACUUGAGAGGCGUUUCAUUCUUUUUGGAUUUGUUGCUAAGCCCUGACUUUUUUCCUUAGAUUUUCUUGUCAGUUUCUUUUACAUCUAAGAAAGUGUAACAUAUCACACCUGAACGCCAAAGUAUUUUCUCAGGAAAAGUCUUCCAGACACUCAGGGGUGAAUUCCCAAAAGGUUUGUGUGGCUGCUCAACCUGUGCAAAUAAAAAGAAAAGCACCCGCAAAGAGUAAUGCACACCUAACUCCGCUGCAAAGCAAAUAGCGUCUCUGUUUA